AUGCCUCUGAUCGCACAGAACCCAUUGCCGAGAGUUAUUCUCGGAUUGAUGACCUUCGGCCCAAACGCGUCGAAGGGUGCUCGAAUUACCUCGCUGGACGAGUUCAACAAAUGUCUUGAUUAUUUCCAGCAGCAAGGGUUCAAUGAAGUUGAUACCGCCCGUGUGUAUAUCGGCGGAGAACAGGAAGCAUUCACAGCCAAGGCAAACUGGAAGUCGCGUGGACUGACUUUGGCCACGAAAUGGUUCCCGAGCCAGCCCGGCUUCCACAAGCCGGAUGUCAUCCGUGAGAAAUUAGAGCUUUCUUUGAAGGAAUUGGAGACCGACACAGUCGAUAUCUUCUAUCUGCAUGCAGCAGAUCGCGCUACUCCGUUCGCCGAGACUCUCGAGGCUGUUAACCAGCUGCACAAGGAGGGAAAGUUCGUACAGCUCGGUUUGAGCAACUUUACAUCAUUUGAAGUGGCCGAGAUCUGUAUCCUUUGUGCUGAGAGGGGAUGGGUCCGUCCUACCAUUUACCAGGCCAUGUAUAAUGCCAUUACACGCAACAUCGAGACCGAGCUUAUUCCCGCAUGCCAACGUUACGGUCUCGAUAUUGUCAUCUACAACCCGCUGGCCGGUGGUAUUUUCUCCGGAAAAUACAAGACAAAGGACAUCCCCGCAGAAGGCAGAUACAGUGAUGAGAGCGCUAGCGGACUCAAUUACCGCAACCGUUAUUUCAGAGAUAGCACAUUCGAAGCUCUGAACAUCAUUGAGCCUGUCGUAGAGAAACACGGUCUCACAUUGCUGGAGACGGCUCUGCGCUGGGUCCACCAUCACUCUGCUCUGAGAAUGAAUAAUGGUGGUCGUGAUGGAGUCUUGGUGGGAGUCAGCAGCCUUUCGCAGCUUGAAACUAACCUUGCCGAUCUCCAGAAGGGCCCACUUCCGGAAGAGGUCGUGCAGGCCUUAGACCAGGCUUGGCUGGUUGCCAAGGCCGAUUCUCCCGUCUACUGGCACCUGGAUCUGAAGUAUACUUAUGAUACCCAGAAGGCGGUGUUUGGGUCUAAGUUAAGCCAACAAGCACCAUCCCCCAUCAUCGACGUUGUGGCUUCAGAUAGCUUUGAGCUGUUAGAGCCGCGGGCCUCAACCCCGGACGCGGUCAGCGAUUUCGACUCUGACAACGAUAUGUCUGUCAAUCGUCCCCCAUUACACCGACCAACAGGCGGCUGCUCGCAACAACCCCUCCUAAAAGAUGACCACCAUCACCCAUCCCGCUCGAGCUUCGGCACUCACGAUGCAGAAGCCCGCCCCAUGCUGCACGAAUCCAGACGCCCAACAAUCCGGAGUAAAAGUCCGGAACACGACGCUACCCAAGCAACCCGCAAAAAAUACAUGGUUGCAUCUGGAUUCCUCGUGCUCAGCUUGAUUAGCUUCGUGGUCCAAACCGAAACUGCCUCAUACAUUCAAAAUGAGUUGCACUGGAAGAAACCGUAUUGCAUGCUCUAUAUCACGCACGGGUCGUGGUCCUUGCUCUGGCUGGUCCAGCUAGGUAUCCUUCGAUUACAGAAACGGAAGCUCACCUGGGAUGCUUUCUGGCGGCGUCACGUCUCUCUUCUUCGCAGCACGGCCCAGAUGGUAGAAUCCCAGGAAAUUCACCUGAGCACUCGCGCAUCCAAUCGAUCGCCAGUCCCUUAUAUGCUGAAAACCACGGCCUUUGUGACUACUGCUCUCACGGUCGCCGGAGGAUCAUGGUACGUGGCAGUCAACAUGACCACCGCCAGCGACCUCACAGCAAUCUAUAACUGUUCGGCCUUCUUCGCGUAUGCCUUUUCGAUUCCGCUCCUGAAGGAGAAACUACGGUUCGACAAGGUAUUUUCCGUGGCUGUGGCUACCAUCGGCGUUAUGGUUGUUGCCUAUGGGGAUCGGCCUGAUAAGAAGGCCUCAAAAGGAGAUGCCCACAAUGCAGAGAACAGAUUGCUCGGAAACAUUGUCAUCGGCGUUGGAAGUAUCCUCUAUGGACUUUACGAGGUGCUCUAUAAACGCUUUGCCUGUCCUCCAGAAGGCACCAGCCCUGGCCGGGGUACGAUCUUUGCCAACACUGUUGGCAGUCUCAUUGGGACUUUUACCCUGUUGGUACUAUGGAUCCCAUUGCCAUUAUUACACUGGCUCGGAUGGGAGACAUUUGAAUGGCCGACUGGCGAAGCAGCAUGGAUGCUGAUCAUCUCCGUAGCAGCGAAUGCGACGUUCUCGGGCUCUUUCCUCGUUCUCAUCUCCCUCACAUCGCCCGUUCUAUCAUCAGUCGCUGCUCUCCUUACGAUCUUCCUCGUGGCUCUGGUGGACUGGUUCCGAACCGGAGACCCGCUUUCUAUGGCCUCUAUUAUUGGAGGCAUUUUGAUUAUGGUUGCGUUUUUCAUGUUGAGCUUCAGCACAUAUAGAGAGAUGAGUGAGGAGCGGAAGAAGCAUCUAGAGCAUGACGAGCUCGAGUCUGACGGUGAUCCAUAG